AUGACAAAACGUCAACAAGACUGGUCAAUGCAAUUCUAUGAAAUUUACGGUCGUCGAGCAACACUGAUGACACUGGCUGCCACGACAACGCUCCAUACAGACGUAGGUGUCCUUUCCGAAAGUCAGAUGGGCUGGGUGGGCCCAGGAAGCCGGAGAGAGGAUUUCAAGCAUCUUCAGAGAACUUCCCGUUUCUUGGGCAAGCACCCCUAA